CCACUCUCCAUUGGAAAAUUCAGUCUACUCCUUCUACAGCUUCUCUCAAUUUCAUUAUCUUUAAUUUCUCAAUUUUUGAAACUCUCAAGUUCAUAUAUUGAACCUCUGUAAUGGAAUGUUUUGAUGAAUAUUUUGCAUUAGAAAAAAUUAGAAACCAUCUUUUUGGGGAUUUCUCCCCGAAAACGUUGAAAUUUGGGGCGGAAUUAACGAGUAAUAGGACUUGUAGUAAUAUUAUGACGGAGAGUUCGAGCUCUCAAUCGGAAUCUGCUAGUUCAGACUCUCUUCCCUUUGAUUUUCUCUCCGAUUCAUUCGAUUUUGAAGCUGAUUUCUUUCAAUUUGGAGAUGAAGUUUCAAAUUCAAGCUCGGAAUCGGCAAAUUCAGUGCAUAAUUCAACCAAUUUCAUCAUGCUCGAAUUGGAGCCAACGAUUUCAAGCUCCGAUUACGAGAAACCUCAAGUAAUCAUUGACCUUACAUCACCUAAGUUGAGUAACGUUAGUGAUCGGAAACCUUCAUUGAAAAUUGAUUUACCGCCAGUGAAGAAAUUUGAGUGGAUCGGUUUCUGUAAUUCGACGACUCAGUCGAAUUCAAUCGUUUCGGUGACUAUGCAACAAAAGCGGAAAACUGAAGAGAAGAGGCAUUACAGAGGAGUGCGACAGCGGCCGUGGGGGAAGUACGCGGCGGAGAUCCGAGAUCCGACACGCCGUGGUGCUAGGGUUUGGCUUGGGACAUUUAACACCGCAGUUGAAGCGGCGAAGGCUUACGAUAGAGCCGCAUUUAAGAUGCGUGGAAGUAAGGCGAUAUUGAAUUUUCCGUUGGAGGUGGGGAAGAACCUGUCGUAUUCAAGCUCCGCUGUGGACGGCGGCGUGAAGCGGCGGAAAGAAUCAGAUGCAUGUGGAGAAGAGAAGGGAGUGAAGAAAGUGGAGAGGUGCAAGGAAGAGGAAUCAUGACCAUUAACUCCGUCAAGUUGGAACUUCCUUUGGGAACAGAAUACUAACGGAAUGCUUAACCUCCCGCCUUUAUCACCGUUAUCUCCUCACCCGCCAUUGGGCUGUUCGCAGCUUAUUCAAAUCUGAGUGACUACACAGUACACAAUACUUCUAUUUUAUGAAUUUUGACGGAAAACAUAAAAUAAGAAAACAGCUAUAGAAAUGUAUUGUAUGCAUCAAAAUCAAACCAAUUAUAUGAUAAGUUUCUCGACUCUAGAAAGUAAAUUGUUACGGUACUCACCUUAGAGUCCAACUAAUCCUAAUGCACGUUGAGAAGUCUCACUACGGGAAGCAAAACGCUAUCUACCAAUUGUUCUAUGUUUGUAUUAUACGGAACAAUAAUUUGAACUUGGGUUUAUGAAGAAAGUGCCAGCUUGUUCAUGUUA